AUGGUCACCUGCUCACUGCAAGUCGUUCAGAGAAAUUGGCGCCAAUCUUGUUCCCGAGCAGAAACAAUGUUGAUUCCUAUCUAUCUAUCUAUCUAUCUAUCUAUCUAUCUCUUGAGCUGUUCAAUCUAUCUAUCUAGUUGUUCAAUCUAUCUAUCUAUCUAUCUUCUCAUUCUCGUGCAAACGGGAGUUGUUGAUUUUCUUUCUGUCUUUCUUUUGCUUUCUUUUCGUUCUUUUUUUUUCUUCGUUUCUUUAAGGAUUUUUAUUCCAAUGGUUGACUUUCAUUCAUCCUUUCUUUUAUUUAAAAUUGUCUUUUUCUUCUUUAAUUUUUCUUCUCAUUCGACAUUUUUUGUUUUUAUUUUUUUUAUUCUUUCUUUAUUUAGCUUUCUUUCUUUUAUCUCCCAUUCGUUUAUUUAUUCUUUCUUUCUUUCACCUUAUUUUCGUUAUUUUUUCUUCGUUUCUUUCAGAUGCACAGAAAAGAAAGACGCACAGAAAAGAAAGCCGUUCAGAAAAGAAAAACGCGUAGAAAAGAAAGCCGUUCAGAAAAGAAAGACGCACAGAAAGGAAAACCGUUCAGAAAAGAAAGACGCACAGAAAAGAAAGCCGUUCAGAAAAGAAAGCCGUUCAGAAAAGAAAGCCGUUCAGAAAAGAAAGACGCAUAGAAAAGAAUGCCGUUCAGAAAAAAAAAGACGCACAGAAAAGAAAGCCGUUCAGAAAAGAAAGCCGUUCAGAAAAGAAAGCCGCUAUCUCUUUUUUUCCUUUUCUUUUCCCCCUUCCUUUUCGUCUUUGUUUUAUUUAUUUACUUUUAACCAGCAUGUCCAUAACUUUCUUUUACAAAAAGUUUUUCAUCUUUCUUUCUAUUUCGUUCUCCUUUGUUCAAUUUUCUUUUUCUUCGACUCAUAUUUUUUAAUUGCCAUUCUUUCUUUCUUUCUCUCAUUGUUUCUUUCAUUUUUCUUUCUUGAACUCAUGCUUUUUCAUUUUCAUUCGUUCUUUCUUUAUCUUUUUCUUUCUUUCUUCGUUUCUUAUACACACAUUUUUCCUCUCCAUUCUUUUUUCUUUCUUUCUUUCUUUCUUUCUUUCCUACAUUUUACAUUCCGAUUCCGUCUUUCUUUCUUUCUUUCUUUCUUUCUUUCUUUCAUCUACUCAUGCUUUUUUAUUCCUAUUCUUUCUUUCUUUCUUUCUUUCUUUCUUUCUUUCAUCUACUCAUGCUUUUUUAUUCCCAUUCUUUCUUUCUUUCUUUCUUUCUUUCUUUCUUUCUUUCUUUCUUUCUUUCAUUUUACAUUCCGAUUCCGUCUUUCUUUCUUCUACACAUGUUUUUCAUUUCCCUUCUUUUUUUUUCUUUCUUUCUUUCUUUCUUUCUUUCUUUCUUUCUUUCUUUCUUUGUACAGACAUUCAUCUAAGACCCUCUUUCUUUCUUUCUUUCUUUCUUUCUUUCUUUCUUUCUUUCUUCCAUCCUUCCUUCCUUUUCUACUUCAUUUUUCUCUUUCUUUCUUUUUUCUUUUUUCUUUCUUUCUUUCAUCUACUCAUGGUAUUUUUAUUAUUAAUCUUUUUCGUUCUUUCUUUUUCUUUCUUUCUUUUAUCUUUCUUUUUUUUUCUUUCAUUUUUUCUUUCUUUCUUUCUUUAAUCUACUCAUGCUUUUUCAUUCCCAUUCUUUCUGUCUUUCUCUUUCUUUCUUUUUCAAUCAUUCUUCUACACAUGCCUUUUCAUUCCCAUUCUUUCUUUCUUUCUUUCUUUCUUUCUUUCUUUCUUUCUUUCUUUCUACACAUCUCGCUAGUUCUUUCUUUCUUCCUUCCUUUCUUUUGUACACUUUCUUUCUUUCUUUCUUUCUUUCUUCCUUUCUUUUGUACACUUUCUUUCUUUCUUUCUUUCUUUCUUUCUUUCUUUCUUUCUUUCUUUCUUUCCUUUAACCUUUCUUAUUUAACGUUCUUUUGUCUGUAUCCCUUUUCUUCCCUUUUAAUAAUUGUUUCUAUUUCUUUCUUUCUUUCUUUCUUUCUUUCUUUCUUUCUUUCUUUCUUUCUUUCUUUCUGUUUUCCUUCCUUCCUACUUAGCUACAUUUGCAAUCUUUCUUUCUUUCUUUUUUUCGUACUAUCUAAUUCGUUGUUUGUACUUUUUCUUUUUUUUUUUUCUUUUUUUCUUUCUUUUGCUCUUUCGUUUUUUCUUUCUUUCUUUCUUUCUUUCUUUCUUUCGUCUGAAACUUAUCAACUUAUUGCCCUUCACUUCUUUCUUUCUUUCUUUCUUUCUUUCUUUCUUUCUUUCUUUCUUUCAUACAUUUGCAAUCUUUCUUUCUUUCUUUCCUUCUUUCUUUCUUUCUUUCUUACAUUUGCAAUCUUUCUUUCGUUCUUUCUUUCCUACAAUUGCAUCUUUCUUUCUUUCUUUCUUUCUUUCUUUCUUUCUUUCUUUCUUUCUUUCGUACAUUUGCAAUCUUUCUUUCUUUCUUUCUUUCGUACAUUUGCAAUCUUUCUUUCUUUCUUUCUUUCUUUCUUUCUUUUCUUUCUUUCGUACAUUUUCAAUCUUUCUUUCUUUCUUUUUAAUUCCUCCAUUUCUCGCAUACUGAUUACAUUUCCGAUUUUUUUCUUUAUUUUCCUGAUAACUCAGAUUUGGACAAGCUGCUUGAACGUUAGCGGCCCCGGAUACCGGCAAUCGUUCCAAAUUUAUUCCGUUUCCAUUUUAUUUCAUCCCGCUCCCCACACGAUUCCAGAUAUCGUAAAUUAUCUAUCUAUCUAUCUAUCUAUCUAUCUAUCUAUCUAUCUGCCCACUUUCUAUCUAUUUACCAAAAUCUGUUCAUUUUUUCCACCCUCUCUCGCUUUUUCUAUCUAUCUAUCUAUCUAUCUAUCUAUCUAUCUAUCUAUCUAUCUAUCUAUCUAUCUCAUUCAGCUCAUCUCUUUUCUGUUCAUCUUCCCUCUCUCUCUCUCUCUCUCUUUAUCUAAAUUUAAUCAUAUCUAUCUAUCUAUCUAUCUAUCUAUCUAUCUAUCUAUCUAUCUAUCUAUCUAUCUCUCGUUCAGCUCAUAUCUCUUAAUCCCUAUCUAUCUAUCUAUCUAUCUAUCUAUCUAUCUAUCUAUCAAAUUUUACUCAUAUUCAAGCUUAAUCUCACUCUCUCUCUCUCUCUCUCUCUCUCUCUGUCCAUUGUCUAUUUAUUUAUCAAUCUUUGUUCAUUUUCCCUCUCUCUCUUUUUAA